CCUACAAACAACGCACUCUCGUCUUCUCCGUCGCCGGGGCAACACGCCGCCGUGCCGCCGCCUCUCGUCCCGUCCGUGGUUGUCACCGCGCUUUCCUACCUCACCCGCAGGCUUGCGACUUCGUUGUUCGGCAGCUAUCUCGGCUCCAAACUAAGAGGACAGGACCCAUGGCGAUGGAGAUGAGAGCCCGGGAAUCUAUAGGUAUGUCGGAGGACCUGACACGGGCGAUCGCACCUUAUGCCACCGCCCUGCAUGACAUGUUCCUCCACUCCCAUUGCUCCUCGUGUUUCAGGAAGUUGCCAUUGCAACCUCCAUGUGCCAUGUCUUGUAUCCUCUGCUGCUCCGUUCAGUACUGCUGCUCAGACUGCUUAAGCUCGGAUCAUGAAAUGCAUUCGUCUUCUGGUGAAUGUUGUUUCUUCGCCGACCACCUCAAGAAAGCAUCUCCAUCCUACAUCACUGAAGGCACAAGCGAUGUCCGUGCUUCUCUUCGACUUCUUUAUUUUCUCGAGAUGCAUGGUCUGGUCUCAUCAGAUUCAAUCAACCGGUCCAGCAGAAUUGGUGGGCUUUCAACAAUUGGUAUUCAUGAAGUUCUGGAGGAAGGCGGGGAGGUUGCCGAGAGGAUACUGAAGGGAAGCAUGCUGAUGUCGUCUGCCAGAAAAAUGAGGAAGCAAACUUCUGUUGUUUUCUCCAAUGGCCUGAUAGUAGAGAUAAUGGCAUUAUGGGCAGUGAUGAUCAACAGCGUUGAGGUGCAGAUUACUGAAGAGUGGGAUCUGGGGAUUGCAGUUUAUGGGCCUAGUUUCUCAUGGUUCAAUCAUAGUUGCUUUCCGAACGCUUCUUAUCGUUUUGAGUUGGCUCCACCCAAUGAAGAUUAUGUUUCAGACAAAUCAGAAUACCGUGCAGUCCCUGCUAGCAAAGGGGUUGCUCCAGAUGCGUGGCAUACUUUGCAAUUUGAAGAGGGUUCUACUCAUGCACUUGGCAAAUAUGGCCCAAGAGUUGUUGUCCGUUGCAUAAAGCCAAUCAACAAGGGGGAUGAAGUUUGCAUAACAUACAUUGAUCUUCUCCAGACCAGGGAAGCAAGGCAUUCAGAUCUUUGGUCAAAGUAUAAGUUUAUUUGUUCUUGUGAGCGCUGUACUGCAUCACCAGAAUCAUAUGUGGAUUUUAUUCUAAAUGUUCCUGACAGUUUAUGCUUAACUUAUACCUUCUGCGAGCUGACAUGGUACACUUAUCAGUGUGACUUCAGGAACUUGAAUUCGCCAGAGAAUGCUUUUAUAUCUCGAGCAGUUGAGGGUUUUGAUGAUAUCUUACAACAAGCAAUCUCGGAAUAUUCAUUGGGUGAUGAUCCCAAAGCCUGCUGUGCUAUGAUUGAAAGUUUGCUUUCUGAAAACUUGAUGGGUGAUUUGCAGCAAGUGGAACUUUCACGGAAAAGACAUAUACUGCAUCCUCUUCAUCAUAUAUGUCUUAGAGCUUAUAUGACGCUCGCCUCCGCUUACCGCUUUCGUGCCCUAGAAUUCAAUACCGAUGGCUUUAAAGGAGAAAACAGUGCCGUUUCUUUCAAAAUGACCAAAGCUGCAGUAGCUUAUUCAUUUCUUCUUGCAGGAGCUACGCACCAUCUGUUCUUAUCUGAACGUUCCUUUAUGACCUCACUGGCGCAUUUUUUGUUAAGCGCUGGACGGUCCAUGUUAGAUUUUGUUGAAUGUGUAAAGGGAGAGAGACGGAAAAAUGUAUCCCAAGCUAAGUUUAGCUCUGCUUCAUGUUCAGCAAGUUCAGGAACACGUGAUUCCAUGCAGUACCAUCAAUUCAGAUCAACUUGUGAGGAAUUUGGCAAGCGCAUGUUAUCGCUAUCAUUGCAGUGCUGGCCAUUUCUUGUGCAAAGCUCACCCUGCCUGGAAAAGAUAAAAAACCCUAUAGACUUCAGUUGGCUUGGGACAGCAAUAUUUCAGUCUCUCCAUCUUUCUGAGGUAGAUUCUGCCAACCUUUCUUGUACAGAUGGUCUAGAAAUUUUAACUGAAGAGCAGAAGGGGUGUAUUCUCAACUUAGCUAUUUGCUGCAUCACCUUUUGCAAAUAUCUUGCAAAUAUAUGCUAUGGUCCACAACAUUAUUUGGCAAAUCAUGCUAAAGAUCUGCUUGAAGGUAUCAAUCUUGCACAAUGAAGUUGAUGUCUGAUGUGCUCCAUCGUCAUUAUCGAUGGUUGUGGAGCUUACUUUCAAGAUGGUUGCAGGAUUAAAUGAAUAUUUUCUUUGGAUGUAAGCACAGUUUGUCAAUUCUGUUUAUUCUGAUGAACAAAGUUAAUGGCAAUGAGAUUUAUUGGAAAAGUCUCUGACA